AUGGACGAGUCGCGCAACCGUUGCAUAUCACCGCAGCCGCCGGCGCUUCGCGUCUCGAUCCGUCGCAAUCCGUCGGAUCGUACGGCUGCCAUUGCGUCGGAUCGUACGGCGGCUGCUUGCAUCGCGUGUGCGCCGUGCGACAUUGAUCGGCUGCCAGAUGUCAUCUUGCUGAUAAUCAUACACCACGUCAUCAGCACCACCAGCAGCCGCGGCUCCCCUUCUUCGACCACCAGCAGCAGCAGCAACUGCGAAGCCGUAGAUGGACCGACGACCGCAAUCGGCGAUGCAACAAGUAGUACCACCGAUACAAAUUGCACUGGCUCUCCAUACUCAGCAGACUCAUCAUGCCCUAACGCCAUCACCAUCACCACCCGCCAUGGCAGGUGGUACAAGCAACAGCAGCAGCUGCCCUGCAAGGACCCCACGUGCUCCUGCCGCAACGCAGAGAACACCGCCGUCGCCCCCGACCCCCCGCUGCUCACUUGCGCGCUCGUCUCCCGCCGCUGGCUGCGCCUCUCUGCGCUUCUCCCCCGCGCCAUCACUGUUCCCGCGGGCCUCCUCCUACGCCCCCGCUCCCUCCUGCGUACGCUCUCCGCCUUCCCUCACCUGCGCUCCCUCACGCUACACGGAGACUCUUGCCGAAGCAUCAGCAGCGGCAGCAGAGGGGCCAUAAGUGAUUGGCUCAUCGCUCGACUGGCAACGCUGCCGCAGCUGACGUCACUGUCGCUCGUUAGCGUUGUGGCAAUCCCGAGGCUCGCCCCUUUGGCGCCCUCCCUGCUGUGCUUGAAGAUCCGCGGCGCAGGGGAGGGGGUGACGUGUCUCCCCGGAAAAUGCCUUGGGCGGCUGACGUGUCUGCAGGAGCUGGUUUUGAGGGACUGCUUGGCGCUGCGGCAGCUUCCGUCUUCGCUUGCGCUCAUGCCGUCGUUGCAGCGGAUUCGCGUGGAAGGAUGCUAUUCGGUGAUGCUUGAUGCUUGGACGCCCAGGGAUGGGAUGGCGGCUGUGCCUUUUUUGAAGGAGGAUGAGGAGCGAGAGGAGGGGGAGGGGCGAAGGAAUGACGUAACACGUGUUCAUGGUGGGAACGUGGUUGCUUCGGUGGUGUUGGGGGGUGCAAGUGGUGGGGAGGAUGUGGAGGCAAGCUGUGGGCAGCAACUACCACCUCAGUGUCGAAGGCGACAGCGGCGGCAAUGGAUGAAGCUCCACCGCUGCCAUGAGAAGGCUCUGCUGCAGCAGCAGCAGCAGCAGCAGCAGCUGUCACAGGUUGACUGUCAGGGUGGUGUCGCCACUGUCACGGCAGCAGCACAGCCACGCCAGCCGCUGUUCUUCUCCAAGCUGCAACAUCUCGAGCUUGCUGAUGUGUCAGCCCUGCAUCAGCUGCCACGUGGCAUCCUCCAGCACCACUCGCUCAAGCACCUCGUGCUGGACGGUUAUUCAGGCGCCUCCCUUUCUGCUUCUGGCAGCAUUGACUCCGAGUCAACCGAGUCAACCAGGUCAAUGCUCGAACCUCCCAUCCGCAUGCCCAGCCUGCAACAUCUGGUACUGCGCAACCUUCCAAAGCUUUGCGAGCUGCCCAAAUGCCUUUCCCUGCCCGCCGCCUGCCCGUCCCUCACCAUCCUUACCAUCGAGAACUGCCCGCGCCUCCCUUCCCUCCUCACUCCUCCUCCCAGCCUGCACACCUUAAAGCUUCACAAUCUUCCCAACCUGACAGCCAUCUGCGAUCCACUGCGUACCCACUGCCCAUCGCUCUCUGUACUCAUUAUAAACCAAUGCGCCAACCUCCAUACUGUGCCGUGCUUCCCGUCGCGCAGCCUAUCGCACAUGGAGAUUCGCAACCUCCCAAAUCUCACAGCACUCACAAGCCCGUCCUCCCUCCUCAACCCCUCCUCCUCCUCCUCUCGCCUCUCCAUCCUUGCAAUUGAAAACUGCCCUCUCCUUCCUAUAAAUGCUAUAAACGCCACUGCACGCCCUCCCUUGGCCUUCAAAUUUCCAAGCCUGAGCGAGCUAUGGCUGCACGACCUGCCUCUGCUGCACGAGCUACCGCCCUCCUUCUCCUGCCUCUCCUCCCUGCAGCGUUUGGUCAUCACCCACUGCCAUGGGCUCAACUCACUCCCUGACUGCCUGCCAGAGCUCCCCUUGCUGCGUGAUCUUGCCCUGGUAGUAAACCACAACCUCACCAUCCCCACGGAUUUCCUGCCGCAGGCGCACUCGGUGAGGCGCCUGGUGGUGCUUCGGGGGUGUGAGAACAAGACCAUCAUCGCACAUCAUGGGAGGGUGAGGCCACAGUUUGCGCUGCCCCCCCGGGUGCAGGAGCUGUACACAGAUGACUUUGGUAGCGAGGUGUUCAGGUUGCAUGAGCUGGAGAGAAUGGAGGUGAUUUGGGAGAACCUCGCAAAAGUGAGUAUUAACGAGAUUGAGGUGAUGGAGGAAGUGAUGAAGCACCUUUCCCUCUCCCACAUCCUCCGGUAUGACAUGUUCUUCUGCCCGUCAGAGCAAGCCAAAGAUUUUCACCAAUUCCGAUGCCUGGUCCAAGCUUAUUCGCAGGAGGAGGAGCAUUGGGAGAAUCUCACGUCACUGCAGCGGGUUGAGAGGUGUGUGUGCUGCCCCAUAUCCGUACCUUGGGAGUGGCAGCGCCUUGUGUGUGUGGUAGAUGCAGUAGUGGCAAAGGCAGCAGCUUGCAGAUAUGAUGUGAUUCGGGGGGAGGCAGCAGCUUGCGGAGGUGAUGUGAUUCGACGGGCAGGGUUUAUGCUUGGAGGCCUGUGA